AUGAUCAAUUCUAAACGAAUACUAUAUCAUCUAAAAUCACACAAUAUACACUCAAAACAGAUUUUUGCAUCAAUUAAAAUACGACAUCUCACAACUCAAUUUCAACCAAAAGGUUCAAAUCCUCAAUUAACUUUUCCGUGUUUAGAUAAAUUAGAACUCAAAAACAAACAGCUAUCACAAGGUAAAACUCAAGAUUCAUCAUCAUCAAGUAGUCUACAGUCAGGCCCCGAACCAAGUUAUGGCUUUGUAAGAACUGGAUUUCAACUAUAUAAAUCUAAAAAACCAAUUUUCCUAGAUUAUGGAGGUCAUUUACCAGAAUAUGAAAUAGCUUAUGAAACGUGGGGGAAAUUAAACCCACAAAAGAAUAAUUUAAUAUUAAUACAUACUGGAUUAUCAGCUUCAAGUCAUGCAAAAUCACAACCACAAAAUGAAAAACCAGGAUGGUGGGAAAAUUUUAUUGGAUCGGGGAAAUUUAUAGAUACUGAUAAAUAUUUUGUUGUUUGUACCAAUGUUUUAGGAGGUUGUUAUGGUUCAACAGGUCCUUCAUCAAUAGAUCCAGCAAAUGAUGAAAGAUAUGCUACAAGAUUUCCUAUAUUAUCAGUAAAUGAUAUGGUAAGAGCUCAAAGAGAAUUAGUAAGAGAUGAAUUUGGAGUUAAUAAAAUAUAUGCAUCUGUUGGUGCAUCAAUGGGUGGGAUGCAAAGUUUAGCUUAUGCGUGGGAAUUUCCUGAAGAAGUUCAAAAAGUUAUAAGUAUAAGUGGAUGUGCAAGAUCUCAUCCAUAUUCAAUAGCGUUAAGACAUACUCAAAGACAAGUAUUAAUGAGUGAUCCAAAUUGGAAUAGAGGAUUUUAUUAUAAUCAAAUCCCACCACAUGUUGGAAUGAAAUUAGCAAGAGAAAUUGCCACUGUGACUUAUAGAUCAGGACCUGAAUGGGAAUAUAGAUUUGGUAGAUAUAGAGCAGAUGAAUCAAAACCUCCUGCGUUAUGUCCUGAUUUUUUAGUUGAAACUUAUUUAGAUCAUGCUGGUGAAAAAUUUUGUUUAGAAUAUGAUGCAAAUUCUUGGCUUUAUGUUUCAAAAGCAAUGGAUUUAUUUGAUUUAAGUGAAAGUACUAGAUCAAAAGCUAUAGCUGAUAGAAAAAGAAGUGAACUCAAGUAUAAAGGUGAACAAUCUAAUGAUUCUGGAGAAUAUGAAGUAGUACCUGAAGAACCAUAUGAAGAAAAACUGACAAAUUCACCAAGAUUAUCAGUUGAAGAAUCAUUACAAGAUUUAAAAAAUGGUAUGCAAAGAAGAUUAGCCAAUAAAGAUGUCUUGGUAAUUGGAGUUGAAUCAGAUAUUUUAUUUCCAGUAUGGCAACAAAGAGAAAUUGCUGAUGUUUUAUUAGAUAAUCCAUAUAAUAAAACAGGAGAAGUUGAAUAUUUUGAAUUAGGUACUGAUAUAAGUAAUUAUGGUCAUGAUACUUUUUUAUUGAGUUUAGAAGAUAUUGGUAAACCAGUUAAAAAUUUCUUAAAUAACUAA